AGGAGGAGGAGGGAUGAGGAUAUCAGCACAUUGAGCAAGAAGCAGAAGAAGCAUCUGAAGGAAUUCGGGGAGCAGCAUCCAUUCUAUGACCAAGUUUCUCAGAAAGCUGAAAGGACUCAGGUUGUGCAGCUGCCUGAUAGUUCAGAGGAAGACUCGCAUGAGACUGGAAGUGAUGCUGAGAGCGAACCAGAGCAUGUCAGUGUGUACCAUCAGCUGCUGGCCACAUUAAAGCAUGUGUCUGAUGAAGAGGAGGAUGAAGAUGAUGAGGAUGAAGGUGAUGAAGAAGCAGAAGGACAAAGUGCAGCAGAAGAGGAAGGAGAGGCCUCUGAAGAAGAGGAUGAGGACAGUGGGGAAGAGGAAGAUGCAGCAGCAGACAAAUUGUCUGGAGAAGAGGUGGAGGGAGAAAAACUUGCGGCCGCAGUAGAGAAAGAUGACAAUGAAGGUGACAAACAACCUGGAGAGCCAACCCAGGAAGGAGAAGAUUUUACAGAUACCAAACAUGAAUCUGCAUUUAGUUUAGAGACAAAUUUUAUAGACUCUGACUUGGAAGAUCACAAGGACAGACCUGCAUCACCUUCACCUGUUACCUCUGCAGAUCCUUUCAAAAAGCAUAUUGAUCAAGAGUUGGAGGAGGAUGACAUCACUCAGAUUUCAACCAGCUCUAAAACAAUAGUGUCUUCAAAGUGGCCGACGUUGGGACAGAUCUCAUUUACUUCUACAUUCAAGAAAGCUCUUCCUUUGAAACUGGAGAAGGAAGAUGACCUGGAUAAGCUUUUUCUCUGCAAGCCUUUGGAUUCCACCUGGCCUAAAGUGAACCAUUUGUAUUUAACAAACCAGACGAAACAGAACUUCACCUCUUUACAAAGGGAACUUUUUAGAGUUAUGAAUUCCUACAAGGACUUGUAUUACCCAUCCAGGCUAGCAAUGGCACAAGGGGAAGAGAUUAGACAUGUGUACUGUCUCCAUGCCCUGAAUCACGUGCUGAAAGCAAACUCCCAGGUCCUCAACAACAACACAAACACAAAAAAGAGAUCAGAAGAGUGGACUUGAUGAAGAGGAGCUCCGGGACCAGGGCCUGACUCGACCUAAGGUGCUUAUUGUUGUUCCAUUUCGUGAGUCCGCCUUGCGAGUGGUCCGGAUUCUAAUCAGCCUCAUGGAAGUCCCUGAUAAGAAAGUGGAUGUGAGCAACAAGAAGAGGUUCAAAGACGAGUUUAGCUGUGACCCUGAUGACCGGCCCCCCAACCUGAGGAGGCCAGAUGAUUAUGAAGCGGUGUUUGCUGGAAAUAUCGAUGAUCAUUUCAGGAUAGGAGUGGCCAUUCUGCAGAAGAGCAUGAGACUUUACUCUCCAUUCUACUCCUCGGACAUCAUUAUUGCAUCUCCAGUUGGUCUUCGUACCGUCAUUGGUAGUGAGGGAGAGAAAAAACGGGAUUUUGAUUUUUUGUCUUCCAUAGAGAUCCUCAUCAUUGAUCAAGCUGAUAUUUACCUGAUGCAGAACUGGGAACAUGUCUUGCACCUAAUGUCUCACCUCAACCUCCAACCAACAGACUCUCAUGGGGUGGACUUCUCCCGUGUCCGUAUGUGGAACCUCAGUAACUGGUCCAAAUACUAUCGGCAGACACUGCUGUUCAGCUCCCUGCAGGAGCCCCAGAUCAACUCUAUAUUUAAUAAGCAUUGCUUCAAUUACAAUGGGCAGGUGGCUGUAAAAAACAUCCCUAAGACAGGCUGUAUAUCUCAGGUGCUGGUCCAGCUACCACAUGUGUUUCAGCGAUUGGAGGCCAACAGUGUGCUUUCUGUGAUAGAUGCAAGAUUUAAGUUUUUCACUGACAAGAUCCUGCCGCAGUACCGAGAUGCCAUCAUGUCGCACACGCUGAUCUACAUUCCAUCCUACUUUGACUAUGUUCGCAUUCGUAAUUACUUUAAAAAGGAAGAACUCAGCUUCACUUAUAUCUGUGAAUAUACUGAUAAACCUGGGAUUUCUAGAGCGCGGCAGUUCUUCCUGAAAGGAGAAAGACAGUUCCUCCUCGUCACAGAAAGAUUUCACUUCUAUAAGAGAUACACAUUGAAAGGCAUCAGAAACCUAAUAUUUUAUGAACUGCCCACCUUCCCGCACUUUUACAGUGAGAUAUGUAACAUGAUGAAGGCGUGGAAGCAGGGUGAAGAAGCCACGUGGACUUGUACAGUUCUCUAUUCUAAGUAUGAUGCUCAGAGACUGGCUGCUGUGGUGGGAGCAGAGAGAGCGGCGCAGAUGUUACAGUCAAAGAAGAACGUGCAUCUGUUUGUUACCGGGGAGAAUAACUGA